UCAGAAUUUAUUGUUUGAGGGCGAGUAGUGACUUCAUGGUUUAUGCGGUGAGAGUUAGAGUUCCUCCAUCUUCAUGCGCGUCGUACCUGGUUUUUUUCGACUGUUUCCAUUGGAUUUUAGUUUUGUAUGUGUACACCGUUCAACAAUUUUGUUUUGGGCAAGAACUUUGAACCAUGCGGAAGAGGCGGACUCAUCGCAUGGUGAGCCGCAGUACUACAACUGACGCCGCUGCGCGGCCGCGGCGACCUCGUUGAUUCACAGCGACGCCCCACCUUCACAGGUAAUGAGGACUGCCCUUUGGUAGUUCUCGCACUGGAGCACCUGCGAGAAGCUGUAACGACCAAGCUGCCAGCAAUUUCUAUUGCUUUAUUUUCGACGUCUGGCGGUAACUCGACGUCUGGCGGUAACAGAUAAAGAAGAGCCUCCACCGGCAGCUCCAAGAUGAGCAGCGGAGACAGGAAGAGUAAGAGAGACGUGCUCCAGAAAGAGAACACUUCUGACCAGCAGGCGGCGGAAACGCAAACGUGCGUCGUGCCCCCUGCGCGAAUGACUGCAGCGGGGGAUGAAGACCAGAUGAACGUGAGUCGGCACGACUCCGCAAAGGUACGAUGAUGAACUAUUUCUAUUGCGCCACUCAUCUACUUCCACGACGUAUGAUCACGCAUGUUAGUGACAGCCUCGAGCUUCCAGCUAGUAGUAGUACAGGUACACCACACGUCCCAUGCAUGACACAUAUGUUGAUUUUUUUCUAAUACUCUUGUGCAGCAGGUGCAGGUGUACCCAGAAGACACUCUGGGUCUCCCCGUCGGCGACCCGGUCGUGUACGGCACUGGUUUUUCCCUCCCCGACCUGAAACUCAGCUGCCAGGGCCGUGGAACUUUGAACGACAUCUCCGUUGGCAACAUGCACCCGCGGUUAGAGCGCUCAGGAACGAAUGGCAGGCGGGGUCCCGCGUUCAUCAAGUGCGGCGUGGAGGUGGAGAUCAACCUGAACAACCGAGCCAAGUCCUCGGAUUUCCGCCCCUCUACAACGCAGACCAAGGCCCCCGGGGACAACAUGCUCACGGGUGGUGACAUUUUUGCCGGCACGAGUUUCGGGGAGAACUACGGGUCGUUCCGCGACGAGCACCGCAUCACGAAGCUCCCGCUGAAGUCACAGGGCCGCGUGGCGCAAGUCAACGUGGUAGGCAAGCAACACGACCUCGGCGCGACGACGUUGUUCUCAUCGGACGACACAAGGACAGCAGCUUUUUUCCAGAAGAAGCACAGUGAUAAGGCGACGGCAGAUGAAGGAGUGGAACAGGACGCACGCCGCCCGGAUACCGUGGCGGUAGAGCGAAACGAAGAUCCACCAGAGGGGAUGACUUACAGGACCCGUAGUAUUACAAGCAGCGCAGGGAAGAUCUUGACUUCGCCUGAGAGAAUACGACAAUCCCAAUCCGGCUCCGGGUCCUGCACUACAAGUACAAAAAUUAUCUGAGUUUGAGUACUUUGAAGAUCAUGCGUCUAAAAAUUUUUACCGAGUCUAGGCAACGCGAACGCGGUCUAGGGCUACAUAUGAAGAUGAAGAAUUCCAAUGAAAAAAUUCACGUCGAAAUUAAUAUCAGGUGGGUUCCACCAACAUCAAAGUCCGAUGAUCAUGGCAACGCGGUUCCCACUGCUACACAUUCCGUUUCCACGACUCGGCACGGUAGGCGCAAGGCCCUUGGGUCUGAACACGAACACACUUGGGUAUUAUGGAGAGACAACAGCUUGCAAAACGGGAGAAGGUGGUUCUUGCAGCAACAGUUGCAGAGCCGACGACCUGGUGCUCGCCGCAAAACCGUCAGAAGUGCGACUUCCAGCAGCGUCGAUCAAACUAUCAUCACCGGUCGUGUCACCGCAGGAUAAGAAGGAAAUUACAUGGCGUCAACAGGAGAGGCCGGCAGACCAGGAAGCUGAUCAUCAUCUUUUCGCCCGUCGCCAAGCAACAAGAGGAGCGAUAUCGUUCACGUCGAGGAAGGAAAAUAGAAACAGUGGAAUCUUCUCAUCGCAAAUGAUUGCCGGUGAAAUUGGUGGAGGUCGUGAGAAUAAUCUUUUCCCGAGUCCAGGACCUGCACCUGCUCAUCGACCAGAAAAUACUAACCGCAGCUGUACAUCACGCUCACGACCUGCCACAAGGGUUGGCGUGCUCGUGCCGUCUCCGAGUGCGAAAAGUAGAAGUAGUCUUGUGUCUGCAACUUCAUCUUCUCCUCGUAUUCGUACUAGCACACCAAGUGAGAACGCACCAGCGCCGAGCGGUUGUUGUUCUUUCAUGGCUAUAACUACAGGUGGAGGUGGACGAAACGCAUUACACGCGCCUCCAGGAGUUGCUUCAACACCUCCUGCUUCACCGGGUAGUACGAAAUUCACAACUCCACGAAGCGACAACUCUACUGCUACGCCAAAUCAGAGCAAGCUGCUCUUCACUACCCCCAAGGAUUCUUCAUUAACACCCGGGUCGGGGCGUGAUGUAGUUCGUGGCAUUGUGUCCUUCGCUACUCCGCUGACUUCAACUUCUCCAGUUGUGGCGGCAAGGGCAGCCACAACUGGAAAAGCAUCUUCUGCGGAGCGAAACAUCACAGCGAGGAUGAAGCUGCUCUUCAUGCAGCCCUCUAGUACCACCACAACGCCUGGUGGGGCCGGCGGCGCUAGUUCAAGCACUAGGUCAGCAACAGUGGGAGUGGCUCCGACGUCGGUAAAACUACACAAACCACGUUUAUCGCGACGAGGAUCAGUUCAAGAUCGGCCACAACAGCACGAGCGCUUGCGCUUCCAGUCGCAGUCCCGAUGCAGAACACGCUGGACUCUGCGGCCACCUGUAAAUGUUGACACUACAUUCACCACCAUCCGUGGUGGUGCUCCUGCACCUGGAUGUACGACCAGGCCGCUAUCCUCGACAAGAAGGCCGAGGCCGCGGCUUGGAAGUGUGCUGGCAGGGGCGUCGGUCCUUUUCGCAAGAUCGUUUACCAGCGUGCAGGCGAUCCAAAAGUCGACCACUGCGACCGAGAACCAGAAGAGCUUCUACGAUGACGACGGCGAGCAGAAAGGAAGUACAGCAGCUCGACGGCGAGAGGCAGGCAAAGGUAGUACUGGCACUACCACGACAGAACAAGAAGAUAAUGAAGGAAACAAGCGAACCACUUCUAGUACAGCGGAGGGCGGAGCCUUACCUGGCGCGGACAGCAGUCGUCAGGCUGCAGCAGGUGAGGCGAAUCGUCGGGGUGCUGGUGUUGGUGAAAACCUAUCUUCUACCAAAAAUGCUGAUUUUUUGGAUCCCUCCGCGAAAGAAGGACCGGCAGCGGAAGGUAAGCACGAGAGUCUGCGCGACACUGACGCGACGCCGAUGGCGGUGGCUACGACCGUACAGGGCCCUACGUCUCCUGGCGGGCCAGUAAAUAAAGCAGUAGAGCGCGUAGAACAAGAAACAAACCCUGGCAGCAGGAGAACCAGUCUUAUCAACCAAGAGGAAGGUGGAGUUGGUCUUGCUGGCAGCGGGGAAGAAGCCAAACAACCAAUCACGGAUGCCGAUGCAACAGAAACUGUCUCGUCCAACAAGAACAGUCAUACUGACCGCACUGCAUCUUCCACGAAGCACCGGACGGAUGACGGCGGUUCUGGAAGUCAUUCUCGCGAACGACCACUGCCGACAGAAAGCUCUUUGGAGAUGAAGGGGAAAACCGGCAAUCCGACUGAUGAACAAAGAUCGGAAUCCGAAUCAGAUGCGCAGAGGAAAAGCACCCUCACAAAAAAUGACGAUGCGGCGUUGAAAAAAUCCGGCACUGCUAGUACAACUUCUCAUGCAGCAGAAGCAGCGCCAGCAACUUCUGCGGUGGGUGGUAGUAAAAGUCCUAGUCUUGUUGCUACUUCGACGGGCUUGGGAACAGGCAGUAGCAGCAGCAGCUCCGUAGUCCAGGAACGAUCCUCCCUAAGUAUACAACUAGCAGCUUCAGAGUCUUCAGACGCAGCGACAAAAGGUUCGUCGACGUUGGAUAGCGUCAGCGCGCCGUCUUCAACAUCAACCACACCGAACACAGGGGUUAGCGUCGUGGACACGGACAGUCCCACUGCAGCCUCCGCGCAUCAAAGCUCGUCGAGUACAACGCCGGGGCCAGUUGCUCCGGCGCCACAAGAAAAGCGGAAACUUUUACGACGUGAGCCGGGCCAGAGGCCUGCAAUAAAGACUAGCAGUUCGUCCGCGGUGCAGACAGGAGAAGCAGGCGCGCCGUCCGGUGGCGAUGAAAUCGAAUAUCAAUUCCGACCUUCCGAGCACGACCUUCUGCCGUAUUUGUGUCCAGACCAACAAGGCUUGGCUAUGUACAAGCUGGAGGGCGUCGUUGGUAACGCCGAGGCCCCUGAUUCCGCUCAGGAACAGCGAGAGCGCGGCAAAGUAAUAGAAAGAAUUUCAAAGAAUAAGAAAAAGACCCCAACUGCAGGUAGUCAGGGUGGCGAAAUUUACCGAGCCGGUCCGCGGAUAGCAGACCUUGGCGGCGGCAGUAGCGGCAGUACAUCAAAAAGCAAACUCUGCAUCGUCCUGCAGAACGAGAAGAAGAAUGAGAAUGACGCAGGCGACGAAGCAGCGGACGGCCAAAUGGGGGCGGCGUGGCUGGAGUCCGUAAAGAGUAUGCGCGACACCACACGAAAAGGGUCUGACGCUGACAGUAGUUCCGAUUCCGAAGAAAGCGCCGAGAACCUCUCGCGCUUUGCAGGAUUAUUCAAUAACGCGGAAGAGAAGUAUUUUCAGUUACGUGAAGAAGCGAAUAAAUUAUGGAAAGGCGCCACAACUGGACAAGAUCGAGACAAGCGUGGCACAAAGUGCCGCGACCCGCAAAUAAGGAAGGCUCGCUUGCAAGUAGCGAGACUUCGCGUCAAGGGCUACUUUGAUGACCUGGACGAACCCACGCGAACCGAGUUCCUACUCCGGCAGAAGCAGAUGAAGAACGCAGAGAAGAACGCUGCAAAUCUGGACGCAGGACAAUUAGAAGGACAAGGAGAAAGAACUGCGGAAGCUGUGGCACCAGAUCGAGAUGAUGAAGAUCUCGAUGAGGGUAUGUGGAUUGAUGACCCAAAUCCCUUUGCCAACGGGGUUUCUCCUUUUGAACAGGCGAGCGGGUGUCUACGAAUGAAUGAGAAGAGUCUGCAGGAGGAUUUCGUCGGCUUCGCGCCCGGGACCGAAACUACCCAAAAGACCACUGCCGAGAAAAUACAAAUGGAAAAACAAAUGGAAGAGGAAAGACAAGAGAUGCGCACAGCCGUUAACUUGGCCUUGACACCGGGCGCAGACGACCCAUGCUUCAAGAACAAGAUCGGUGAGAACAAGAUCGGCUUCACCGUGCACAAACCGGCGCUGCGGGGGCCGUCAGUGUUUGAAGCCAAGGUAGUCGGAUACAAUGGUCGAUGGGUAACAGCGAGUCAUCUUCAGAACGCUUUUGAGUACAAGAGCUUGGAGAUGAUUCAAGAGGAGCUAAAGCAAAAAACCCCUCCUACCGCUAGCGCAAAAGAGACGGCAGAGGAGCUAAAGCAAAAAACCCCUCCUGCCGCUAGCGCAAAAGAGACGGCAGAGGAGCUAAAGCAAAAAACCCCUCCUGCCGCUAGCGCAAAGGAGACGGCUUGCUUCUUCACGCGGCCGGCGGCGAUGAUGCAAAGAGCAACAAGAGAACAAGGAAAAGAAGAAGCGACGCCAGAGUGGGAGCUCGAGCUGAAAAAAGACCGCGCGCGGGAGCUCUUGGCCAUUCAGGCGGAGAAGCGGGCGGACAAACCUUUGAACGCUGGCAAGGAUGUAGAAAACAGUAAACAGGCACCACGGAGGGCUGCCAUGGCGGGCGCAGACAACUACGGCGAUGGUUCGGGGAGUCCGCCUGCCCUCGAGCAAGGCCCCCCCUUGGUUAUUGGAAAACUGCGGCCGCGCAACUCCUCUUCGCAAAAAUCGACGGGAACGAAUAACGACGCAGCCCCGGCAGCGGCGGGUGCGGGUUGGCAACAAUCCGACACGCUCAAGGUGGCCGGCUGGAAAAUCUUUCCCGGGGCGCAUGUGUCCGUGAGAUCCCAUGGCCUGCUCGCCGCGGACCAUUCCUACAGUGCAUUGAACAACCUAGGCUACCAGCACCAGUACGCCCGGUUCAUCUUUCGGGCUAGAAAGCCUGCCAGCUCGGAGGAUACGCCGGUUGCUGUGUAUGCGUCUUUCGCAGCGGGCACGGGGCUCGAGUGCGACGUGGCGGAAUUGGUGACGGAAACGCCGUCGGAAUCUUCUUCCGCCCAAAGCACGGCGCGCCCCGGCUCAGGUGAAGGCCUCACCCUUGCCGCGCCAUACCUGGCACGCCCGGCCAAGUUGUACGAAGACCUCAUUCCGGAGGUGUGCGGAAAAGUUUUCUCUGACGCCCAUUAUUGGGAGUUUGUCGAAGAAUUAGUAGCGAGCGACGAGUUUUCCACGAUGGUUGCGAGUGAGUUCCUCGAAGGUAAUAAGUUCGCCCAUGCGCUCAAAAAGCGCGAACAGUAUUACCGGUACAGCUCCCCGCCCUACCUGUUCGACCCGCGGGGGCAAAUCAUGCUGGGCAAGCACGCGCCGUAUGACAUCGCGAACUCGGUCGUGUUCGGCUUUGGCGUCGAGGAAGCAAUGUCAAUGCUGGUGGCGGCGUAUUUCGGUCCCUUCAGGACGAGCACCAACUAUUUACUUGCAGCGCAAUGGUUCCCCCCACGAGUUUUGGUUAACAACUGCCAAAGUUUAGCCUUCUUCCUGUACAACUUCGUCUCGGACAACGACUGCGGCAAGUCGCUUCUGCCGUCUUGCAGUGGCGCCGGAAAACAGAACAAUUUGUGGCUGUUUGACACGCGCACGUACCUCGCUACGAAGCACGCCAUCGAAUCGUGGCAUGGCUCUGCUCUGAACCACCUCUUUGGACAUAGCUUUGAUCCGAAGAGCUUGGCCACCAAGCUCCUGCUACCCUACCGCUACUGCCGCGAUGCGGGCCCAGUGCUGGCUGCCCACUGGCUCUCUAACGCACUCUCAAGCGCCAGUGUACAGCUAAGCGCAGCAACCUCGGCAGCGGGCCCCAGUAGUAGCACCUUCUCAAGCGCCGGGACUAUUUCAUCUUCAAAACCUGCAACCGGUGCGGAGGGUACUGACCGCCACCUGCGCACCACGCCAGCAGUCAUUGGCACAACAGCAACCGCGUACGGAUCGGUCCCAGUCCCGGCAGGAGCUCCUCACGAGGAAAUUAUCAACUAUGCCCUGUAAAACAUAAACAAGUAUGCGUCGCAUAAUUAUACCUGCUGGCCAUUGCCAUCUUGAUUUCAACCCAGCAUAACAAAACGUCUACUUCUUUGCCUUCUUUGGUUUGAUGAAUGCAAAGUGAUUGAAGGCGGGGGGCUGCAAAUCAACAUCUGUGAUGCAGGAAUUUGACUGAUGUCCAGCACGUGCGCGAUACGUAGUACUUGUGCCGUGCAUAUCAACACAGCCGGCGCAAACGAGAACUUUCCGGAGCAGGAGAACUUUGUCCCCGACGCUGACGAAAAUGUGGAAACUGCUUCUGCCGACAACAGCAGCGCGGGGAGUGAUGAUAAGAAAAACGGGCUGCGUGACGUGGUCCAGGAGCAGGGGCAGCAUAAAGCUGAUUUUGUUGGGGGAGAACAAUUGCUGCAGGAGUCCGGGUCGUCAAUGCAACAGCAAAAACAAUCUGCGAUGAAGCCGCAGGACUUAUGAAUUGCAAAUGCGUCGGGGUCUGAAAGAGGACGAGCGCAGGUUUUGUCAUUCUCGGCUACUAGCAUGACUCAAAACUUUGUCAUGCGCAUUUCUCAAAUAAGUUAAACAAAGGCCUCAUAGUCGUUUUUCUGUCAUGCAGAAGCCUUCUACUUGUUCUGCAGAAUAGAGAGAGAAAAACGUUUCAGGUUUUCAGACCCAGACUGAUUUGCAUUUGAUAGGAGUACGGACAACAAGAAACCGCGGACCUGAUGAACCAUGCGGACAAACAGGCCGCGUCAAAGACCUCGUCGUCUUCCACACCAUCAAAAUCAUAUCAAAUGUAACAUAUCAUUCGGGUCUGGAAAUAUUGAGCUGCUUGUUGUGAUGCUUGUUUUGCACUGUUGGAAAAUCUGUGUUGCGUUACAAACAAAGGCGCGCCUUCAUCCUUUGUUAACAUUCAUGAUCAAGGGUGCAAUUUGUGAUGCUGAUUUCGUACGCUACGACACAGACAGCGUUCGCGUUGCUCGAAACAAAACCUGUCAUGCCUGGCUCCAGUAGAAAAAAAUGCAAUCAUCCCCACGCCAGCAUCACAAUGUUUAUUCCUGACCGAGGCAUGAUCUUUGCGUUUCAUAUCGAUGAAAAGGACGCGCUGGACGACGAGGCAGCCUUGUUCGAAGAGAUUAAUGACGAAGGCAAGGCUGCUGUUGCAGGAGGGCACAAGAACACGAACCUGAACCAGCAGGAAAACAAGAACUUCUACGAAACAACCACCAUGGAGACCGGAGAAGCAACUUCUAGCAGCAAGGGUGCUCUUGCUGCCGCCGCGGUAGAAAAUCAGGGCGCAGCAGCAGCAUCCUCGACGGGCGAGGACUGGCAUCAGGAGCAUGGUACUGCGAACUACGGCCGCGGCGUUGAUCAUGAAUCCGUUUCUGCGGACCAGGGAACAAAAACGAAUAGCAGAAUUCCGGGGACGGGAGAGGGAGAGAUAAACGCAGCAGGUGGGGACGGAGGACAACCAGCAAGGGCAGAAAAUUCUAGAUAAAACGAGAAAAGCGUGCAGAAGAUGACGACGCAGAACUCAACGUGACCGCUUACGUUUCGAAAAAUAAAACAUUAAGAAACUCAAAGAGUUGAAAGACAUAGAGCUAGGAGCUUUUUUCUCCAACUUACAGUCGCAACGACGUCAAUCAUCCACGCGAAAAAAAUACAAAAUGAGCUUUUAUUUAUCCAUAAAAUGAACCCUUGCGUGUCAACAUCAUCAACUUUUCAAGCAGAACUCUUGCAAGUGAAGCCUUGCAACUGAAUGCACUACAGCGACUCGCUGAAAUUGAAUUAGAUAUGAGCAGCGUCUCACUGUGUAAGAUCAGGAAAUGAACGAAACCAAUGAAAUUUCGCGGACAAUCAUAAUCAAAAUGAAAAUAAGUAAGUCGCGUAAGACCUACACUGUUACUGAAAACGAACUAAGUACAAUGGACCAUACCAACGAAAAAAUAUAAACAAGCCCAGAGCCUGCACCUUUGUUUUCCGCCAAAUAGAUAAGCAUUUCUUACGGCAACACUGCAAAAAUAAAAUCUGCAGAAACUCCCAUGCCGGGGUGAUAUCAGAUUGGGUGAUAACACAAAGCAAAAUCUUCUGCAUUGAUAGAUAUUUUCGCGCUUUUUCUCCAAAGCCAAAAAGUAUAGCGUAUCGAUUUUCAUUCGGAAGAUUCUACAGAACCAGAAGCAC